UCGGCAACUAAUAGAGUACUCGCAUUGGCCGUGGCCGAGCGAUGAACCAGCAUUUCUCUCGUCUGAGCGCCUCUCAAAAUAUAUGACAAGUUAUUUCGAGGUCUUACAGCUGAGGUUCCGUGACGCCUUCGAGACAAAAUUCAAUGCAACGGUUACCUUUGUUUGCCGCACCAAUGUCGGAAGGAAAUGAACUGUCAAAUAUGAUGAUGGGACAUCACCCCAAAUGACCUCCGACACUAACAAGUUCCACGGUGUCGUGAUCGCCACAGGGGCGUUCGACCUAAAGCAUGAGCCAAACAUCCCAGGUUUGGCGGACUUCAAGUCACGGCAUCCAGAAGUUGUUUCGCAUUCAAAAGAUUUCAAGAACCCGGCCGAGUUCGAGAUUAAGCGCGUUCUCAUUGUCGGCAAUGCAGCAUCUGGGUUCGAUAUCUCACGACAGAUCCUUCCCCUGGCGAGAAACGUUAACGUGUCCACACGGACAAGCCAGGUCAAUCUGUGCGACAGGAACAUAACUCGACGACCUGAAAUUCUUCAGUUCAAAAGCGGCAAGAAGCUAGCUAUCUACUUCCACGGCAAUUCCAUCGAGCGAAAUAUCCACAUGGUCAUAUUCUGCACUGACUUCAAGUACACGGUUCCAUUUCUGUACUCCCGGGUGAAAUCCAAGAUGGAUGGCCAAUGGCACACCAAAGAUAUCCAGAUGUAUGAAGACGGCUUCACUAUUCCCGGCCUCUACAAACAUCUCUUCUACAUCAAGGACGCAAGCCUCGCUUUUGUGGGUCUCACCAAAAUGGGCGCGGCUUUUCGGACGGCCGAGGCUCAAAGCGCUGUGGCUGCUCGGGUUUUCGCUAGAAGGCUAAAACUGCCUUCGAACCAAGAUAUGAAAGAAUGGGAAGACAAGGCGAGAGCGGAUUGGGAGUGCAAGGUAAGACGAAAGCUGGUCUCUUCAGAGACAUUCCAUGCUCUACCGGACCCUCACGACAAGGAAUAUAUCCUAGAGCUAGAGAUGUUGGCAAAAUCCGCAACUGGCGCUAAUUUGCUUCUUCCCCCAACCUGGACAAACGCCAUGCAGUACGCACGUGACAAGAGAAUGAGGCUUCGCUAGGGACAUGAGAUCACGACGGGGAGGACGCAGCAGCCGGACGACUGUGAGG